UCACCACUCAUCAUUAAAAAUAGCGGAGAGGGUGUGAGAGAGUGCGGUAGGAGAAGGCUGCGUGAGCCCCGUAUUUCGAUCAUGUCCUCAUCCGGGACCGACUCAACUUUAGGUUACUUUGACAGCAUCGUGGCUCCUUCCAAGCGUGUUCACCAAGUUUUAUUUUUUUUAGAUUGUAUUUUUAUGUAAUCUCUUUUUAUUACAUAGGCUAUAAAAUCAUUUUGAUUCCAUAUCUGAAUAGAUGUAUUGCCAGUCAACGUAUCUUUAUGAAGCACUCAACUAUUUGUGAAUUCCUCUGGGAAGAACAGGUGUUAAAAAUCUGCGGAUUCAAUACAAACGAAGGCAAACAUUUGUUACAAAGUUGCAAUUUAGCGUUUGGAUAGGAACAACACAGGAAGAGGUCUUGAAGACGGAUGUAACUCCAUGACCAAUGUCGCGCGCGGUAACGAAUUUAUGAUUUGACAAAUGUUGCUCCCAACAUUGUGACAGUAGUACUUUCCUCGACGUGCUUUGGAUUUGUCUUCUACGUUCAACGAAUUGGACCAGUAGCCUAAUUAUCGGUCAGAAACCAAGACAUGGGGACUCAGGGCACCGGACGAAAAAGAAAUCCCAAUAAGGACAGGUCGACGGCCGAGGAUGAUGCCCUUAAUCUCAUAUCAAGAGAGGCAGAGGCCAGGCUGGCAGCAAAGAGGGCGGCCAGGGCAGAGGCCCGAGAAAUCCGUAUGAAGGAGCUGGAGAGACAACAGAAAGAGAUAUAUCAGGUUCAGAAGAAAUAUUACGGCUUGGACAACAAAUCAGACAAAGUAGACAGCGAAUGGGGACACAUCGAGCAAUGGAUGGAGGACAGUGAGAGGUACUCACGCCCCACACAGAGACAUACUUCGAUCUCAGACGAUGAUGAGCGGAUGUCUGUGGGCAGCCGAGGCAGUGUGAGGUCGGAUCUUGAUGCAAUAGGGGCCUACGGAAGAGGGGAGAAGGACAAGAAGUCCAAGAAAAAGAAGAAACACAAAGACAAACGCAAAGAUCGUGACAGCAACGGCUAUGACAAUGAGUACAGUGCUAUAUCCAGUCGGAGCUCCAGACUCGGUGAUGAGAGCACUAGCAGGGUCUCUCGCUCGUCCAGACUAGAUCUGCAGCCGAGCUCAGGACUCAGUGAUGAGAGCAUUAGCAAGGUCUCUCGCUCCUCCAGACUGGACCUGCAGCCGGCAUCCUAUGCUUCCUCUGACCUUAACAGCAACAAUGGUCUGUCCUCUUCUAGGCAACGGCUUUCUUCCUACGAGUCAUCCGGGCUACUCAGUCAGAUCUCCUACCGGCGCCAUCACAGGGGCUCUUUGUAUGAGGACAGUCUGUACAGUGGAUCUCGACGGGUGACCGGCUCAAGCUCUCGUCAUUCAGAGUACAAUAGUUAUCGCGGCAGCGGUUCCAGGGCGUCCUCCAGGGCCAGCUCAGCCCGUGCCAGCCCAGUGGAUAAUGACUGCAACUCUGUGGCCAGCUUCCUGCGCAGCGCGGCCACCAGCAGUGGCCUGCCCAGAGACCUGGAUCACAUGACCAUCCCCAAUUUAUCAGACGUGGAGGACCGAGAUUACCUGGAAAAGGGAUCUCGAGCCGCUUCCACCCUAUCGGCAGCCACCCUCGCCUCGCUGGGCGGGUCUUCCUCCCGGGGAGAAAGUGGUGAAACGUCCAUCACUGGCGACACAGAAACCUCCAUACGAGAGAUCAAGGAGAUUCAUGAGCUGAAGGAUCAGAUCCAAGAUGUGGAGUCAAAGUACAUGCAGAGCCUCAAAGAAGUCAAGGAUACCUUAGUGGAGGUGGAGGAGAAGUACCGCAAGGCCAUGGUGUCCAAUGCCCAGUUGGACAACGAGAAGAACAACCUGAUGUACCAGGUGGACACGCUGAAGGACUCGCUCAUGGAGCUGGAGGAGCUGCUGUCCGAGUCACGCCGCGAGUACGAAGGGAAGAGCAAGGACUUUGAGCGUGAGAAACAUGCCCAUGGCGUGCUGCAGUUCCAGUUCAAGGAGAUGAAGGAGACACUAAAACAGAGCGAGGAGUUACUAACAGAGAUCCGUCAGAUGCGUCUCAAGCAGGACGGCUUUGUUAGGGAAAUCUCUGACCUGCAGGAAACCGUGGAGUGGAAGGAUAAAAAGAUUGGGGCCUUAGAGCGGCAAAAGGAGUAUUCGGAUGCCAUCCGAAAUGAGCGGGAUGAGCUCAGGGAUGAGGUGGUCCAGCUGAAAGACAUUCUGAAGAAACAUGGAAUUGUCCUCAGACCUGACCUGACUGCCAAUGGGGAAAUGCUGGAGUUGGGAACUGAAGGGUCAGCCAGUGGAGAUCCAGCUUCUCAAUUGGCUCAGGACUCCCAGACGUCGCCCAUGGAAGGGGGGAACAGCAUGCUUGGCAGAGCUCAGGAGACGGAGUUGGGAAGUAGAGGAGAUAAGGUGGUGGAUCCCGGAAGGUCCAGGCAGCAAGAGGAUACACACGAGGAGGAGGCUCAAGAGAACCAUCUGACCUCGCCCACCCCCUGUAGCCUUGUUGGUGUUUCUGAAACAGAAACAUCAAGGGAGGCUCAGCCAUUCUCACCCACAUUGGGGGAAGAGGUUGAAAUUGAAGGCAGUGAUGUCAACAAAGACUCUGACAAUGGCAGACCAGUAGUAGAGGUCAAAAGUGGACCGGCCUGUGAUUCUGAGGUACUUGUGGUUGUAACAGGUCCUGAGGAAGAGGUUACAGUAGCGGGGGAGGGGUGUGAAGCAGCAGGUGUAGAGGGGACAGGGCAAGGCAGAGUAGAGGUUGCAAGCGAAGGGGAAAUGGGAAUCAAAAAUGACAAGGCAGAUGAGGCAGAGACCAAAGUUGUCAAGAGCAGUGACGACACCAAAGAGACUACCUCAGAAUAUGGUGCAGCAGCUGAACAAGAGAAAAACGAAUCGAGUAAAGAAGUGAAAUGUUUAGACUCAUAUCCUCUGCCUAGGGAAACCAUUGAGGACACGAUGAAAAAUGGCACACAGAUUAGCCAAGGGACAGACCUUGAUACUAGUAAGAGCCCAAUCAAAUCAAACCCUGAGCCUCAGAAAACAAAAAAGGCUGAAGCGUUACCAGAGAUAACUGACCUGCAGCCACAGGCCCAAGCAGGCAACAAGAAGAAGAAAGGCAAGAAGAAGAAGGGAGAGACACAAAGCGAUGUAAAGCAGGAAGACCGUAAGAAGAGCACACCAGAAACGUGUGUAGUCUCCAUGACAAAUGGCACACAGAUUAGCCUAGGGACAGACCUUGAUACUCCUAAGACCCCAGUCGAAUCAAACCCUGAGCCUCAACCUGAGCCUCAGAAAACAAAAAAGGCAUGUGUGUUGCCAGAGACCACUGACAUGCAGCCACAGCCCCAAGGAGGCAAAAAGAAAAAGAAAGGCAAGAAGAAGGGUGAGAAACAAGGUGAUGAAACGCAGGGAGAUAAGAUGAGCACAACAGAAGAGGAUGUGGUCUCCACCCCAAGCGAUAAGGAGCCAGUAGAGGCGGUAGGAGAGGGGGUUAUCACAAUAGAGACACAGCGAGAGGAGGGGACCAGUAGUUCACCAGAUCGAGAGCUCCAAAGCCCUGAACAAAAAGCACAAACCAUAGCUGAGGGACUGAACCUGAAGGAAGAACAACUAGAAGAAGGCCGAGUAGAGCCUACCAUUGAAGUAUCUCUGACUGACCAAGCUAAGAGUGAGGAAGUUGUCUCAAAGAAGAAAAAGAAGAAAAUGAAAAAGGACAAACACAAACCUACAAUGGAAUUAGAGAAAUCAGAAGGCGAGAUAUCAGUAUUAUCCCUUGAGUCCAACAUUGGUAUUGCUGAUCCUGUUGAUCACUCCAAGUGUAUAACCAGCGCUUAUAACCCUAUGGAGGAAUUAGAAUCGACAACAGAUACUAGUACCCAAAAGGAUGAGUCAGGGUACACAACCAACCAUGAUAACUUUGGAGACUGUUUGAACUCUUCAGCUGACCCAAAAUGUCCAUUGGACUCGAAACAGUCCACAGCUGGGAAUUCAAACAAUGUCAAAGAGGAAGAUGCAAUCAAGGUCUCAGUUGAAGAGGAACAAACAAUCCAAGACUCAAAGGAACAGGGGAAUAACUUUCACAGUCCCAUCGUCCUAAGACCAGAGCUCAAGGAGGGCGUGGAACCUGAAGACCUUAUCUUCCAUGAUGGUGUCGCUACUCACCCAGACCAGGCUAACGAAAAUGCAACACAAGACCUAAAAGAGGCAGGUCAAGAUAAACCAAAUGGGAGCCCAGAAGAGCGUACAAAUGCACUUGAACAUGAAGACACUUCAAUGGCAAUGCCAGAAAAUGUAGAGAAAUGCAACAAUUCAGCAGAUGAGAAAUGUUGUAGCAUAUCGCGUGACCGCAACUGCCCUGCUGCUGAGACCAUAAAACUGCCUGAACAAUUGGUGGAUCUACCUGGUUGUCCAGUCACUGACAGGCACUUGUAUGAAAACAACAAGCCAGAAACACUUGAUGGAGAAGAGGCAUCAAUUGGAGGGAUCUCUACAGAGACCGAGCUGAAUGAUACAGAAACACUUGAUGCAGAAGAGGCAUCAAAUGGAGGGAUCUCUACAGAGACCGAGCUGAAUGAUGCAGAAGAGGCAUCAAAUGGAGGGAUCUCUACAGAGACCGAGCUGAAUGAUGCAGAAGAGGCAUCAAAUGGAGGGAUCUCUACAGAGACCGAGCUGAAUGAUACAGAAACACUUGAUGCAGAAGAGGCAUCAAAUGGAGGGAUCUCUACAGAGACCGAGCUGAAUGAUACAGAAACACUUGAUGCAGAAGAGGCAUCAAAUGGAGGGAUCUCUACAGAGACCGAGCUGAAUGAUGCAGAAGAGGCAUCAAAUGGAGGGAUCUCUACAGAGACCGAGCUGAAUGAUGCAGAAGAGGCAUCAAAUGGAGGGAUCUCUACAGAGACCGAGCUGAAUGAUACAGAAACACUUGAUGCAGAAGAGGCAUCAAAUGGAGGGAUCUCUACAGAGACCGAGCUGAAUGAUACAGAAACACUUGAUGCAGAAGAGGCAUCAAAUGGAGGGAUCUCUACAGAGACCGAGCUGAAUGAUGCAGAAGAGGCAUCAAAUGGAGGGAUCUCUACAGAGACCGAGCUGAAUGAUGCAGAAGAGGCAUCAAAUGGAGGGAUCUCUACAGAGACCGAGCUGAAUGAUGCAGAAGAGGCAUCAAAUGGAGGGAUCUCUACAGAGACCGAGCUGAAUGAUAAAGAAGAGGCAUCAAAUGGAGGGAUCUCUACAGAGACCGAGCUGAAUGAUGCAGAAGAGGCAUCAAAUGGAGGGAUCUCUACAGAGACCGAGCUGAAUGAUACAGAAACACUUGAUGCAGAAGAGGCAUCAAAUGGAGGGAUCUCUACAGAGACCGAGCUGAAUGAUGCAGAAGAGGCAUCAAAUGGAGGGAUCUCUACAGAGACCGAGCUGAAUGAUGCAGAAGAGGCAUCAAAUGGAGGGAUCUCUACAGAGACCGAGCUGAAUGAUGCAGAAGAGGCAUCAAAUGGAGGGAUCUCUACAGAGACCGAGCUGAAUGAUGCAGAAGAGGCAUCAAAUGGAGGGAUCUCUACAGAGACCGAGCUGAAUGAUACAGAAACACGACUACAGGACCCUGUAAAAGAAACUCCGGUGACAAUUGACUCUUUUAGGGAACAGAGCCACAAUGAAAGUGGACCAUGCACUAUGGUGGCUAAAGCAGAAGAGCAAGGUGAUCCCAUUGAGGCCAAGCUGGAGGGUAACAAGGUACCUGGACCCAGUGAGCAGUGGAAUGACAAGGAGCAUGAAAAUGAGGGUCAAUCGUUUGACUUUUCUGACCUAGUUUCAGUGGUUCCUGCAAAUAUAUUCCCAAUAGCAUCCCAAGAGGAGGUCAGCCAGGAAAUGAGAACGAUAUCGGUAGGAUACAAAAUAGAGGUAGAGCUUGGUAAAGGGAAGGGUAACCAGGAAGAGGAGGAUGACAAACCGCAGGACACAGAGGGAGUUAGCACGAUAGUGGCACAGCAAUCAAUUGAAGGGGGGUCGGAUAAUGCACCAGAGGAGCUCCGAAGCCCUGAAGAAAAAGCACAAACCAUAGUUGAGGCCCAGAACGUGAAUGGAGAACAACAACUAAUCACAUUAGAGGAGGGGGUUAGUGUAACAUACAACCAGAAAUACAUUGCAGAGGAGGGAGGGAGUGUGACUGUUGAACAGCAAGGUGUAGGGGAGAGCGAGAGGCAGCAGAAUGCAACUGAGGUAGAUGCUUUGCCAGUAGAGGAGGGGGAAGAGGCAAUCCAGUAUGGGUCACAGCAGGGUAGAAGAGAAAGUAGUCAAAGUGCAGAGGGCAACAACGAGCAAUCUAGGACAGGCUUGAAAAAAAGCAGUAAGAAAGUAAAAGGCAAGGGAAAAGAGGACUGCCGAAUGUCCUAGUUUUUAGGUCUGCACUCAAUAUAAACAACAGCAAAUAUUUAUGAAAGUGCAAAGAGUCUCAACUAAAUACAGCCAAAGCAAGUACCAUUACAAUUCCUUCCAAAGUUAUAAUUCGAUGUACUGUAUUUUGAGGUCAAAGUAUUUGUGACAUAUUUUUUGUUUUGGCUUUGUAUUCCAGCACUUUGGAUUUGAAAUGAUACUAUGAGGUAAAGUGUAGCAUCCACAUUAAUUUAAUUUGAGCGUACUUUUUGUUCAGCACUUUUUGUACAUGCUCUGGUCCCCCCAUUUUAGGGAACCAAAAGUAUUUGGACAAAUUCAUUUGUGUGUUAAAGUAAUCAAAAGUGUAGUAUUUGGGCCUAUAUUCCUAGUACUCAAUGACUACACUAAGCUUGUUUGAUGUAUUUGCAGUUUGUUUUUGUUGUUUCAGAUUAUGUUGUGCCCAAUACAUUAUUUAACAUUACAUUUCUAUUGUCACUUUUAUUUGAAAUAAGAAUAGAAUGUUUCUAAACACUUCUACAUUAAUGUGAUGCUACCAUGAUUAUGAAUAAUGGUGAAUAAUGAUGAGUGAGAAAGUUAGAGGCACCAGACCAUAACCCCAAAACAUGCUAAACAGGAGAGGUUGAGGGGGAUGAUGUGUAUGGCUCUAUAGUUUUCUCACUCAUCAGUAUUCAUGAUUAUCCAUAAUCAUUGUAGCGUCCACAUUAAUGUAGAAGUGUUUAGAAAUAUUAUAUUCUUAUUUACAACAAAAGUGACUCCAAAAUGACACAAUACAUUAUUUACCAUACGUUUCUAUUGGGUAUAAGCUUGAUUUAGUCAUUGCUUGGAAUAUGGGACCAAAUACGAAACAUUUGACUACUUUAAUACACAUAUGUGAAUUUGUCCAAAUACUUUUGGUUCCCUAAAAUGGGGGGACAAUGUACAAAAAGUGCAGUCAUUUCUAAACGGGUACCCCAAUUUGGAUGAAAACACCCUCAAAUUAAAGCUGACUAUGAUAAACAUUAGACAUAUGAUGGCCAUGCAACAACAAAUAUGCCACUGUCCAAAUACUUUGACUUCACAGCAUGUGUGUAUUUUAGCAAAUGUUUAGGGAAGUUUGCCAUAAGGGGUGGGUAAUCUUACCACGCAGGCUGUUUUUCCCCAAACAAGCAGUAACACACCUGAUUCAACUAAGAAAACCAUUCAUUUAAGACUAGUAGUAGUUAAGUAGAAUCAAUCAAAUGUGUUACUACUUGCCUGGCCCUGGUAGGGUACAUUGCCCAUACUCUCGUAUAAAUCUGCAGCACCUAUAUACCUAUACUGUAAUAAUGUAAUAUUGAUUGAUUGAAUGACAGUAUGUUUUUCUUCAUCUAUUCAAGGCACAAUGUUUAUAUUGCAAUGCAUGAUAUUCGUAUCGUCCUUCUCUCAUCCUGUGAUUUAUGGAAUUACCGGCCUAGUACACAAGGGUGCGCCAAAAAAACAACCCAUUGGCCGUCUAACCAGAAUGCUAACAGAAUUGGCACAAGCAAUAGUUAAUUUCCAUGGAGGCUGGUAGCUAAAUAUGUUAAUGAGCCCAAACGAAAAUUAACAAAUUGCAAAGACAGGCAAUCCAGCUCAUAAAGGUAUACAUAUAUACGUAGGAGGUAUACGUAGGAGCUACCAAAUCUCAUUUUUGGUCAGUUUAGACAUUUACAAGCUAAAUGUGAAUGGCAGACGUUGUGCAAAUUAAGUUUUGACUCAUGCAUGUCUGUGUGGAGUCUCUGGGGAAGGGGCCUGCUGGGAAAGGGGCCUGCUGGGAAAGGGGCCUGCCUGCUCAGACGGAACAUGAACGAAGAGGACAAAAAACGCAAGGAAAUCAAACAGUGGUAGCCUUACAGAUAAUUCAUCCAAAGGGCUUUGAGUUGUCAAACACAGCAGAAAGCUAACACCAUACUAUGCCCCGUCACCUUAUUAAUUCAGCCACUUACUUAGACAACUAACAAGUUAAACUUAGGGGUCACGUUAAUGCAGAUUUCUGUUUUUAACGCAGGAAAAAUAUAUAAAACAUAACAAAUAUCUUGCUGAAUUUUGUAAAUGCAGAUCUAAAAUGCUUAUUAAAAUGUCUGUUCGGCAUCAGACCACUUUUGUGCUUCAGUUUCACUUCUCCACUCAGAUGAGAAUUCACAAACGAGCAUUCUAUCAGCAGACAGUUCUCUGAAUGAUGUGUAGCUACUUUUCUGAUACUUUUCUCAGUGUAACCAGGCUACUUUUCUCUUGUAAAAUGCAAGAUUAACUUUAAGCGAAACAUUAGGAAAAGUAGCUGGCUACAUUCUUUCUAUGAUAAACAUUCGAAAUACAGUAUGAUGGCAAUGUAUCGUUUUUGCAAGGAAGACCUUGCUUUUUCAUUGUAAGCUCAUUUACUUGUGUGGCUGCCAGCCAAAUAGCGUUACACUUCUGUUGAUAAAAAGGAAGCUAUUUUCUGUCGAAUGUGCUGCACUAAUGUAUUUUCUGUGAAGGAAAACUACAGUUGCACUUCCCUGAUCACGCUUGAAGCAAAAAACACUUGAUUUUAUAUAUAAAACGCAACCCUUGUCAAUACACAGUUGGACUGCUCCGGCUUUCUCCCAUUGUGCUAUUUACAAACACACAUGUUAAGAGUAGGGUUGUUAACCCCGGUGUUCUGGCUAAAUUCCCAAUCUGGCCCUUAUACCAUCAUCGCCACCUAAUCAUUCCCAGCUUCCUAUUGGCUCAAUCAUCCCCAGGACAUUGCUGUAAAUGAGAAUGUGUUCUCAGUCAACUUAACUGGUAAAAUAAGGAAAUAAAAAUAAACUAUCUCAACUGUUCUCAGGGCAAUUACGGUAAGCUUCAUAAUGUGAAAUGAAGAACGCGAUCUGCUGUAUCUGCUAACGUAUUGCACAAUUUUUUGGGAAAACUUAAAUAAAUAGUUUCCCCUGGCUAUUUCCAAAUACGGUAUACCGCCCAAGCCUAGUCAAAAGUUUGCCCAGAACAAAAAAUGUUUUCUUGCUUGGUGUAUUUUGAUGAAGAGAAAACUAACCCGAUUGAGAUUUUCUCAUGCCAUAAAAUAAUUGGCAGAAAAAUCCAUUCCAUGUAGGCAAUGAUCUCAGGUGAAAUCCAAGCCCUAGGAUAUCAUGUGCAUACUGUAAAAUUGCUUUGUGUUCAGCAUAUGCCAUGGUUCCUGAAUUCAUAUGAUAUGACUGCUAGACAAACUGUAUACAAGAAUAUGACUCCCUUGUUAAUCACUGGUCUAAAUGUUUCUUCAUGUGCACUUUUUGUAAGGAAAUACCUUCUGACCCUUUUCAUGAUUGAAUAAAAUAAGUAAUUACAAA